CCGGGCGCGGAGGCGGGGCGGGCUCCCGCGCCGGCCAGGCGGGUCGAGGAGUCUCUGCCCCUUCCUUAAGCGACAACUUUUUGAGCAAACCACAGGGCGGGAGGAGGGGUUUGUCCCGCUGAGAGAGAGGAGGAGGGGAGGAGGAAGUAAGGGGAGCGCCGAGGCCGGAGGGGCAGGGGUCUGCUCCGUGCCUCCACUGCUGCCCCGCUCCCCUCGCCGUCCCUGUGGAAUCGGCUGGGCCCGCCACGGCCGGGCGCUGGUGCAAACUGCCGGCGGCCCGAGCCCGCAGCUGGGAUUGCCUGCGGUCCUCUCCGCCCCGGGGGCGCGGAGGGAGCCGGCAGGACUUCACGGAGCCCCUCUCUGCUACGAGCUGCUUUUAACCACCUACGAUGAGGAUCCGACUGGCGAGAAGAUGGACGUGGGUCCGUAAAAGCUGCAUGUUCCUCGGCUUCUUAAUGAUCGCUUACUUUGUGGUCGAGCUGUCGGUUUCUUCCUUCGGUGCCUCCCUCGCCGGAGAGAGCAUCACUAAAGGGAAAUGGGAGAGGCGCUUUUCUGACAGAGCAGAAGAAGCUGUAGAUUUGGCUCGUCCGGUUUAUGACAAACCCCCGCCUGAUCCUCAUGCCCCAGGAGAAUGGGGUAAACCCUCUCGCCCGCAGCUAAGUCCUGAGGAAAAGAAACAGGAAGAAGAGCUGAUCGAGAAGUAUGCAAUUAAUAUUUAUUUGAGUGAUAAAAUCUCUCUCCACCGCCACAUUGAAGAUAAUCGACUGAGCGGUUGUAAGACUAAAUCUUAUGACUACAGAAGACUGCCCACGACAUCUGUUAUAAUUGCUUUUUACAAUGAAGCCUGGUCAACGUUGCUGCGGACGAUACAUAGUGUUCUUGAAACGUCACCUUCAGUGCUUCUGAAAGAAAUUAUACUGGUGGAUGACCUGAGUGAUAAAACGUAUUUGAAGGCUGAACUUGAAAAAUACAUAAGCAGUCUGAAAAGAGUUCGCUUGAUAAGAACCAACAAACGAGAAGGAUUGGUUCGUGCACGCUUAAUUGGCGCUACCUUUGCUACUGGUGAUGUCCUCACAUUCCUAGAUUGUCACUGUGAAUGUGUCUCUGGCUGGCUGGAACCACUGCUCGAGAGGAUUGCUGAGAAUGAGACUGUUAUUGUUUGUCCUGUCAUUGACACCAUUGACUGGAAAACAUUUGAAUACUACAUGCAAACAGCAGAGCCCAUGAUUGGGGGGUUUGACUGGCGUCUGACAUUCCAGUGGCACUCAGUGCCUAAACACGAACGUCUCAGGCGCAAAUAUGAAACCGACCCAAUCAGAUCCCCAACUAUGGCUGGUGGCUUGUUUGCUGUCAGCAAGAAAUAUUUUGAGUACCUAGGUACCUAUGAUACAGGAAUGGAUGUUUGGGGAGGGGAGAACUUAGAAUUAUCAUUUAGGGUUUGGCAGUGUGGAGGCAUGUUGGAAAUUCAUCCAUGCUCCCAUGUGGGCCACGUGUUUCCAAAGCGAGCACCCUAUGCUAGACCAAACUUCCUGCAGAACACGGCACGUGCUGCUGAGGUGUGGAUGGAUGAGUUCAAAGAUCACUUUUACAACAGAAAUCCGUCAGCAAGAAAAGAAAACUAUGGAGAUAUUUCUGAGAGAAAGAUACUUAGAGAGCGUUUGAAAUGCAAGAGUUUUAACUGGUAUUUAAAAAAUGUAUUUGCUGAGUUGCAUGUACCAGAAGAUCGUCCUGGCUGGCAUGGUGCUAUCCGCAGCAGAGGAAUACCUUCAGAGUGCCUUGACUAUGUCUUACAAGAACAUAAUCCUACUGGGUCUCACCUUUCUCUCUUUGGCUGUCACGGUCAGGGAGGCAACCAAUUUUUUGAAUAUACAUCAAAUCAGGAGAUUAGAUUUAACUCUGUAACUGAGCUAUGUGCUGAAGUCCCUGAACAUGAAGACUUCAUUGGUAUGAGGAGCUGCCCAAAAGAUGGUUCUCCUGUGCCAGAAAUUAUUAUCUGGCAUUUCAAAGAAGAUGGGACUAUUUAUCAUCCUCAUUCAGGGAAGUGCCUUACUGCUUAUCGUACAACUGAGGGGCGUGCUGAUGUGCAGAUGAGAACUUGUAAUGCUGCAGAUAGAAACCAGAUGUGGAAAUUUGAGAAAUAGUCACUGCUGGUACUAUGAAUCGAAUGGACUCUCCAAGGUUUUUGGAGUAAUCUCCAAGGUUUUUACAUGUAUGAACACAUAGCAACAUUUGAUUGAAUACCUUGGAAUGUUUUCAGAUGUGUCUGUAGUGGUGUAGAAACUAUCUCUUGUGAUCAGUUGUAUAGAAAGCAAAAGUAAAUCCUGGGGCUUGGUUUCUAAAACAUGGAAUACAGAUCUAAUGCCUUUUAUUUUUGUAAAAUUUUGAUUUGUUAUUUUCUUACUUUGGGCCUGUCUUGCCUAUGGUAAAACAAAGGCUUUUGAGUGGACUAAGACAGGAUUUUUUUUGUCUUAAUAAAAAAAUAAUUAUGCAAUAAUCCUGCAAGAUCAUAUUACAAGAAAGUAAAGAAUCUUUACUUACAGAAGUAGAAGUUAAGGUUCUUGCAGUGGUAUUAGGUGACCUGUGUUGCAGAUACAUUAUAACAUACGUGUCUAACACUUUAAGUAAGGCAUGUGAUUGAAUGAACAUUGAUGUUGAAAAUUGAAUCUAAGCCUUGUAAUAUUCUGCAUUUUUCUAGGAAUGUACAGGCUGUUAAGGGUAACAACUAGCUAUAUCACAUAGAAGAACAGGAAGUUUAUUUAGUAGAUGGGCUUUGGCACCGCUUUGCAUUUUGUACCUAUUGUAAAAACCUUACCUCAUGGGGGUUAGUUGGGAGCCUCCAUGCAUUUAGAGAAGAGUGUGGUGGCAGUGGAACCAAGGACAUGCUGAUGGUACCACAAAUGGGAAAAAAUGGGGGGGGCUACAACUAAGUAUUCUGUUUAAAGGUAAUGGAGAGGGAAAGAAAGUAUAGAGUUGCAUUAGGUACUAUGGUUUCUUAGCUAUAUUUUUAAUAUUUACGUUGCCUCUGUGUAAGCUUUUCCAUGUUCAGUCUCACAUCCUAGGGACACAAAACUUGUGUUCUAGACUACAGAUCAAUUUUUUUUUUUUAUUUGAUCUGUCAGUGGAGGAGAGAAAGGUAACAUGGAGGAAAACUUGGGCUGUUUUGUGUUUCAGCAGCGCUGGUAUGCAUCAGUCCUAGAUAGAAUUUUGGAAUAAUGCAGCAUAAGCUGCCUCUUUCUAGUUACAACAGUACCACAGGAGACCUUGGAUGAGGUUAGGAAGCUGGCAUUGCUGACGUGAGGGGAGUUGAAAAGGCAAAGGACUGCUUGGAGGAAAACAAGAUUUGUGGGUAAACUGGUUCACAGAAUGACUUAUUCAGAAUGUUUUCUCUAUCCUGUUAUGCUGUGUUCUGAAGAAUAUUGAUUCUUGAAUCAUGUCAUCUGUUUUGAGCAUGAUUAUAGAUGGUAGAUGUAGUAGAUAUAUUGUGUAUUUGAAGAAAAAUCUUGUGUUAGUAUCUGUUUUUUAGGUUUAUGUGAUUUAUGUGAUUUAAGUUGAACACUUUUCUUAAUGUUUUGGGCAUUCCAGCUUUUUUGAUUGCCUUCACUGAAGUGAUAAAUAUUCUUCAGUACCCACAGUACAGUAAUUCUUGACUUGGGACUUGGGACUGGUAGGUAGGAACUCGAGCUAGUGAGAAAGUAUGUGUGCAUUUACUGCAGGUGUUAGUAGGUAGAAAGGUUAAAAAGGGGUGAGACCUGAUGUAGUUGAAGUUUUGCCAAGAAUAAAGAAAGAGGAAAUUAGGAUGUAUUCUUAAAUCUUAGUGGUCUGAAAGCAUUGAGAGGUUUGGGUGGAAGCAGGUUAAGGUAGUAGACGAACAGAAGACAACUUGGAGCUUGGGAUGUAGCACUGAAUCAUGCUAAAAGUGCUUGCCACUGUGUGGCAUGGGUUCUUUUAGGUCUUUAAGUUAUUUUUAGGCAGUUACUUGCAAUUUAAUACUUUUUUUCUUUCUUUCCCUAAACUUUUUUUUUUCUGUUUUUUAUUUGUUUGUUUGUUUGUUUUUUUAAAAAGGGAACUUUUACCACAUAAGGGAAACAUUCCUGAAAAAUUCCAUUCCACUGCAGUAAGGAAUUCUUUUGUGAACCUGCAAGUUAAGAACCAUUUAUCAAAUGUUAAAAGGCAGCCAGUCAUUAUGUACUGGAGCAGUUAAUUAAAUAAAGUAUGUGCUUUUGUGAAAAGCUUUCUGUAGAUUGUUAUAUUCAAUAGAAAUGACAGGGAAAAGGCCUAGGUUCUCCUGUGUGGCAGGUCAUAAGUCGUAUAUGCAAUGCAUGUUUCCUCGGAUGAAAGUAAUUAAAUGGUGUUAAUGUAGACUAUGCAACUUUUAUACAGUUAACUUUUUUAGCUCUAGGCAAAAACUGCAUUUCUUAUAAAGAACUACCUUUGUGUUAAAACUGACAUUCAAAGUGUUCCUUAUCUAUUGAAGCAAUAAUUCUAAGUGAAUCUGUCUCUCGGUUUGAAAGUUAUUCUCUCUGUAUGCAUCUAAACCCUUCUUCUUCCCCAUGACCUCCCAUUCUAUUUUUGGAGUUAUUUAUAAACUAAUUGGAAAAAAAAAAGUGAAAGUAAAUAACCUGGCCCUGGAAAAAAAAAUCUUCCUGAUGGGAGUUAAAAUUAUGGAAUAAAAGGAGGAGGGAUAGAGAAGGAGAGAAAAAGAAGGAAGAGAAAGAAAACCUACCUUGUCAUUUCAAGUUCAACUAGUUUUGAAUUGAGUUGUGGCAACUCUACAGAAAUACUCCAGUUAUUUUUCAGUAUGUACAGAUUUUUGGAAAAUCUGAAACUCUGAAUGGUUUUCUAUUCUGUUAGACUUUGAAAAUUUGGAAAACACUUGUACAUAUUUUAAACUACUGAUUCUAAGUGACUUAAAAAAAUUGAAUGUAAACUUAACACUGAAUAACUAUGGAGGGCUUUGGGGUUUCUUUUGAAGGAAUAAAAUCCAGAAUGAUAAUUAAAUGUGUGCUGACUCUUCAGUUCUCUUUCUCUUGUGUAAUGUAUACAGUAUGCGAUAAAAACUGUCAUGAACUUGAACUUAUGUGAGUUAUUAGAAGUUCCCUGUAUUUUAUCCACUGUGCUUAGAAUUCCAGGGUGGCUUUCUUGACAGAAGUUCAGUUAAUAAUUGUUUUUUGCCAGGUAGGAAAUUUUGCAAUUCACAAACAUGUUUGUAUUUUGGUAUUUUACCUUAUGACAUUGAGAGUUGCAGAGUUCCUGUAAAGUGUGAGGAUUUGUUGGUAGUGGCGAUAUUUGAAUAUUUGCACACCCAUCAUGUGCACAUCCCUGUAUUCUGUCUGCCCUGUAACUCUUGCACUGAGCAAUUAAUUAUAUUAGAGAUGCUUACUUUGAGAGAAGUACAUCUAACUGUUAAAACCUGGCUGAGUUUGUCUUCUCUGAUCUCUGCACAACUUUCUUAGUCACUACUGUGAUACUGUGGGAGUGAAAUGGUAAUUCUGUAUUACAACAACUUGUGUCUUCAUAUAUAUGUGGGUAUAUAUGAAAAUGUAUACCAUAGUAUACAGUAACAAUUUAUAAAUUGAAUUUUGUUUCAUUGCAAAUACCACAAAAUUUUUUUCAUGGCAUAUGUGAAGCUCAGAUAUCUGUUUAGAGAUCUGCACCAAAGUGGUGUGUAAACUUGGUCUUUGCUUAAGGCCAGGUCUUUAUUCUUUGGUGUUCAAUUCUGUUAUGACUCAUCAGCAGAAAAGCAAAUUACCCAAUGACAUAUCAGCUGUACUUGGGUGUGUACAGAAGUACUGAUGUUUAAAAAAAAAAAACAAAACCACAACAAAACCAGCUUAUAAACUGGACUAAGUUGCAUAUUGGACUCAGCUCAGUGUGAAUUUUCAGCCUUCUACUUUUUAAUUGUACUUUGCAGUUGAUCAAAUAUUUUCACAGCAAGGACAUGCCUCUAAACGUGGUUCUGGUUAUGUCAUGUGUUCUCUGAGGAGCAACAGACCUGUUUGUGCUACAGCACAUCCUAAAAAAUUCUUAUGGACCUUCUGUAUUUCUUUUGUUUCAGAUCCAGUACUUUAAAUUAGCCUUGUGGACUAUUUAGUGGUGAUUUGGUAACUGAAUGUCAGACUGUAGGGUGCCGAUAUACUCAGUAAGGGCUGUCAGAAUGCAUCAUCUGCACAGCCUGAAAGUACUGUGCUUGAGUAAAUUGAAGCAGCAGCUUUCUUAUAAAGUAGGCAAAAGCCCUUAGAAUGGAAUAAAGAGAAAUAGAGAUGUUUACUUGAUAAAAGUACAUUUUCCUGGAUAAAACUGGUUUUAAGUUACUGGCAGCAUAUUUACCCUAUGGACUCUUGUAUUCUCUGCUUGUGAUUAUUUGAGGUAAAACGUUUACCAUUACAGUGAAAUCCUUGGGUGUUAGCCAUAUGUACCAAAAUUUUUUUCAGCCUGCUUGAACAGAGAAUAGUUUGACUUGGUUGAGCCUCAUUAAUGUUAAAGGGACUGAUUUCCCUGUCAGGAUAGGGGCCAAAGUUCAAAAUAGAUGUAGAGUUUUGGCUUAAGAGUUUCUUUGUUUGAGUUUGUCUCUCCCAUGGUGUUCAAAUAUAGAGUGACAUCAGCCUGUGUGCCUUAGGAAAAUAUUUCUGUAACGGUCUGUCAGUUACUCACCCUUUUUUGUGCAAAUCCUGAACUUCUUCCCUCCAUCACCCUGGAGUGGUGUUGGCUGGGCUGGAACAGCUUAUUAGAGAUGGUAUUAGUCUUUGUUUGUCAUGGUAAUGGGCAGGUGGCUUCAAGAGAGACACAUAGGUAAGGAUGGAGGGAGGAUGUUGUGCAAGCCUAAGCAGCGUAGUCCAGAGGGAAAACAAGGAAGAUGAUUUUGGAUGUCCCACGGAAAGAACUUCAGGUCACUGCUUGUGUCUCAUUAACCUUGGGAUAACCCAUCUGUGAGAGAGCAAGCUAUAAGAAACCAGGCUUUGAAUGUAUUGUACUGUCAUCUUUCAAAGAAUAUUUUCUUCAGUUUUUAGAACUGAAAGCAAAGACAGCUGGUAUUGCACAACCUUCGUACAGUUCAUAAGGUACCAUAGGUACCUUAGUUCAUCAAUUAUUUGUUUUAGAAAAGUCCAAUAUUUAAUAUUCUAGCAUUUUGUUUGAGGAUUGCCUUGACACACGUGAUAAUAAACAAACUUCCUUUGUACUAUGUUGGUGAUUUAUAGAGGCUGGGAAGAGAAGAGCCAUCCUCUUAAUGUCCUCUUCAACUUCUAAGAGGUCUCUGUUCUUCCUCUCCCCCUUUUUCUCUACUAGGGGUAGGAAUUUAUAGAUGAGGGAUGGGAGUGUAAAUACCUUGUUUUUAUUUAUGUCCUACAUACUAGCAAUUAGCAGAGAUGAAGAUAAUAGGGACAUAAGAAUAUUGCAUGUGCCAGUUUAAUUCAACUGCUUAUUACCUUUGCUGUUUAUAGUUUCCUGAAAAUGAUCAAACUCUGUUAAAAGUUAUGUUUACCUUUUCAAGUGUAGAUAGUAUGAUCCAACUGUAAAGUGACUGCAAAGAAAAAAAAAUUCUUUCUAUUACCAGGCUGACAACUUUAUGUUGUGUUUUGAACUAGACAAAUAUUAGUAUUAUAAAACUGGUACUUAAAUAGGAUUAUAGAAUUAUCAUAUACGGAUAUCUUCACUUUAGAUAUCUGAAGUGUUAGAAAUCAUGUCUUGAAUUCAAGUUGGCUUGCUUUUUCACAGUUAAACUCUUGAUACAUGAAACAAAUUCCAUCUCAGAGAUCAAAAUGAGAUUACUAAAGAAUUUAUCUAUUCAUCUUAGUAUUUGGUAACACCAAAUCUGGAUUCAUACUUAAUGAUGUGCAUGGUGUUUGGCUUUGGAUUUAUUGUUCUGUAUCUUGCAAGUACUUGCAAGGUGGUUUGCUUAGUAUGUGAGAGAGCUGCCUGUUAGGAAUUAUCCUUUACUCCUCCCAGUCUUGUGAUAACGUUUGAAAAGCCUGAUUUUGGCAUUGCUUGCUGCCAAGCUUCUGCUCAGGCCAAGUAUCCAUUAAAAUCCAACAACUCCUCCCUCCCCCUAAGACUCAGUAAGUUCACUAUUGAAUACAAAUCCGUAGUCAUUAGCUCUGGUUUUUAUAAGAACAGCGAAGAGACU